AUUCUCAGCUACGGCGGAAGAAGAGCGUUUGGCAAGCAUCCAAUGUAAGUUACAACAACAUGGAGAGAGAUGGAGAUGCUGGGACGUUUUGGAUAGCCUCAAAAUGGCCGCAGCUUCUGCCACAAAUAGGGCCAAAUCUGAGCUCAGCGUUAGAUCCAACGUUAUUGUUAUUUUGUCGGCGUUCUGGGUUAAUUUUUGUCUCCUAGGUGUCCGCAGAAUUCAUGGCGUUAUUUACCGGGCAUUAAUAGACACCUUCGAAGUGAGCAGAGAAGAUGCUGCUUGGCCUUUUGGGAUACUUGGAUUCUUCAUGUGCGUUACAGGUGCUGUAUCUGGCUUCCUCAGCCAUAGCAUUAGCGUUCGAACACUGGCUGUCUUUGGGACUAUUUUAGCAUCUGUGUCCGUUAUCACUUGUAGCUGCGCUUCUCAUAUAACACAUAUUGCUGCUUUAUACGGAGCUUUGCAAGGUAUUGGUAUUGGUAUUAUUGUGCCUUUAACCAACGUGCUCCUUAACCAGAAUUUCUCCAGGUACAAAGCAUGUGCCCUUGGCAUCGUUUAUUCUGGUUCAUCAAUUGGUUCUUUCAUAUUUCCACCCAUAACGAACUUUUUUCUAAACGGCUAUGGACUUCAUGGAACAUUUUUACUGCUCGGAGGCAUUAUGCUGAACUCAUUGGUCGGUGCCAUUUUAUACAGAACACCGAAUUUGGCCCACAAGCUUGCAGUCUUGAAGACCCCUCUGGAUGGCAAAUCGUGUACCAAAUGCGAGGAAGAAGAGAAGAGCACUGAAAACAACAAAAGUCUGUCUUUAGAGAAUGGUAAAAGAAGUCACUUCAGAGAAAAUAUUUCUGAGAAAGCAACCGAGUGCAUUGCGCCAGAUCCAGAAAAGUCACCAGGAGUAUCUACUUGCUUCAAAUGCGAAUCUCCGCCGACUGUCAUAAACCUCGCCGUUGAAAUCUUAGCUAAUCCAUCCUUUUUGAUAAUUUCAGCUGUGUACGCUGCUUAUUUCACAUUAUCAAAUACUUUUCUUAUGGUUGUUAUCGAUUUCGCUGCAGACAGGGGUGUGACUAUCGACAAGAGUGUCUUCUUCGUCUCCGCUUUCUCCAUCGGGGAUCUUGUAGGCAGACUCAGCUUCGGGUGGAUAGCAGAUAUGCAGUUCAUUCGAAGAAGCAAUUUGAUUCGGAGCUACCUUUUCGUUAUGGGAACUUUAACUGCAGUUUUGCCAUUCUGCUGCUAUGUCGAGCUUUUGUUUGCAGCGUCUAUAGUCCUAGGAAUUCUCAGCGGAAGCGUGAUGGUGAACCAUUCUGUGCUGCUAAGUGAGUACCUUGGUCUACAGAAGCUACCAAUAGCUAUGGGAUUUUCAGUGUGUUUAGUAGGUCUCACUUCCUUCUUGAGACCUGUAAUCAUUGGUUUCUUCCGGGAUGAGCGACAGAAUUACGAUCAGCUGUUCAUAUUUUUAGGACUGCUUGUCAUAUCUAUCACUCUCAUAUGGUCUUUAGAACUGCUUUCUCAUUUCAUCAAUCGUUAUCGUAAUACUGUAAAUAAAAUUUUACCACAAUGAUA